AUGUCUGCAGAACAGCCAAUCACGGAGGAUGACUUAUUCAAAUAUCAACGACAUCGGUGGCUGCGUAAUAAUAGCAAAGAGCUAGAUAUAUUGAAGCUUCUAGAGGGAGAUCACAACAAAGUCUUCCUCCUGACAAUGAACGAUGGGGACGAGCUGAUCGCGAGGCUGCCAAACCCAAAUGCUGGCAGUAACUUCUAUACGACAGCAUCGGAGAUAGCCACCCGUCGCUUUUUACAGCAUACUUGCGAUGUUCCUAUGCCCAAAGUAUGGGACUGGGAUUUUCGCGACCGCAACACGGUAGGCGCAGAAUGGAUUAUUGAAGAAAAAGCCACCGGACAACCGUUGCGUAAUUUCUGGUUUGCGAUGAAUCGCAAGGCACAACUAGAAAUCGUCCAACAGGUUGUUGAUCUGGAAACCAAAUUGGCAUUUCUCAAAUUCUCUAGUCAUGGCAGUAUUUACCUGAGACGCUGGUUGCCAUCGAAACAAAUAUCGUUCAAUUCAAUGGAGUGGCAAUAUACCGUUUUAAACAAACCCCAGGCGGAACUUCCUAGGCAAUUUUGGAGACAAUUUGCGAUUGGACCCUCAACUGACCGUAAGCUCUAUCGAGGUCCCGCAGAUUUCACGAAACAGUUCCGUGGCCCAUUCAGGAAUCUCUUUCACUAUGCAACUUCUCUAGCCAAAAAUGAGAGACGAUACAUUAGAUACAAUGCCUGGCGAAGAAUGAAUCCUUUUCGUUCAAUCAAGAGGUCGCAAAACCUUGACCAAUACGGGGAUUUGAUUGAAAAAUACCUCGCUUCGCAAGAGCAUUGGAACCAGUCAGAAGUCAAUGAUGAUCCUUGCACGAUUUCGCAUCCAAAUCUGAGCCUGGAUCACAUAUUCAUCGAUCCAGCUACGAACAAGAUUGUGUGCUUGACAGGGUGGCAAGCCACAGUGAUAUCGCCACCCUUCCUCAAACGCCCAUACCCAACAUUCCUCGAUCCCGAGUUCCAGACAGAAUCACUCGAUAGGAGCAAGUCUCUCCCGAGAGCCUAUUACCAAGAGUUGGUGGAGAAAACAGAUCCUCUCCGUCACAAGCGUGUGCUAAGUAACUUACAAGAGCACGAGAAUCGCAUCAGUCCAAUGUCAGCGAUAUUCGGUGGAUGGGAGAAGGACGAUAUGUACUCACUGCGUGAGUCACUACUUACUAUGCUUAGGUCUUUGGAGAGCAAAACCCGUGGGCCCCUUCCAAAUUGGCUAAAGUUCGAUGUGCAAACACUUAGAAGCCAUGGCAUGGAGAAAUUCGCGCGGCAAGAGCUUCAGCUGCUCUUUGGUGUAGUACAAAACGUACAAAACACUUGGAAGAUACCCAUUGACGGUCGUGUUCCUGCCGAGGAUUUCGACCGUGCGCGGGAGCUGAGUGACUCCUACCGUCAGCAGUAUCUUCAUCUGGCUGAGGAUGACAAAACUCGUGUGUACAUUCAUGAAAACUUGUGGCCCUUUGAUGUCGCCGGGCCCGAAGAGAAGAGGCAAGAUUCAAUGUUGAACGACGAGCAAGGGCAGUAUGGCGCGUCAGGCAAUUACUCCAACGCUUCUUUUCGAAUCAGGAGAUAUCCUUCACGGUACUGGGAUAGGCCAGUUCCACGUUGA